GCAUCGAACACCAAGACGCGACAAGUACAGAAGUUGAGGCUUGACUCGAAAUACGAACAUGGAACCUCAAUCAACACCACCUCCACUCCUGCUUUCAGGCAAGAAAGUUGCUGUGGUAGGUGCUGGAAUCUCAUGUCUUGCCUUUGUCAAGUCGCUACAGAAACAGUGGCCUCAGGGCCAGCCAUUCCCCGAAAUUAUCAUAUACGAGCGAGACGCUCAGGAUGCCGUGGGGCGUGAGGGCUAUUCCAUUUCUAUUCGUGGUGAUGCGCUAUCUGGUGGAAUGCAAGCUUUGGAGAAAAUGGACCUUUUGGACCAUGCGUUAAACGCCUCGCUUACGGGAUCGCAGCGGCCUGAAGAGCGUGGGUCUUUUGGUGUAUGGGACCCGGAUUGGAAUCGGCUCCUCGAAGUUGGCAGGCCAAAGUGUGACACCAAUCAAGUUGAGCUGGGAAUGCGAAUCGCGAGGGACUCUUUGCGCCGCGUCCUGCUGGAUAGUGUGCUUGAAAGCAAUAGCCCAGAUAUCCGUUGGUCAACGCAGUGCGUCAAAGUCGAGAAAGUUGAUGGAAAAGUCCAACUUCAUCUGAAUGACGGCAAAACAGAUGUAUGUGACUUGGUCAUUGCCUGCGAUGGUGCGAAUAGCAAGAUUCGAGAAUGUCUUAGACCAGAUGAUAAACUCUCCUAUGCUGGUGCAGUCAUGAUCAUUGGCACGGCGAGGUUUCCUGAAGGACAGGUUCCUGCACCGGCAAAUAAAGACUGGGGGCUAGUCCUUGGUGGGAAGAACGGUGUGGGCUUAUUUGUGUCUCCGAUUGACUCGUCGAGCGCGGUUUGGAGCCUGAGCUAUAUGGCUCCAGAGCCACGAGAAAGGAUAAAUCCUCCCAUGCCGAAGGAACAACUAGACAACCUAAUUCAGGAGGUGCUAGAUCGAGGAACCUCAUUCACAGAGCCAUUCCAAACCCUGGUACGAGCUACCGACCCAUCAACCCUCCGACUUUUCAACGCAAUGGAUAAACAACCAUUCCAGCACUCGCAUUGUACGGACGUGCCCGUGAUAUUCAUAGGCGAUAGCAACCAUGCCAUGAGCCCCUUUGCAGGAAACGGCGCGAAUAUGGCAUUGCUUGACGGCUGGGAUCUUGCAGAGCAGCUCUGUCGAGCUCAGUCGCUAGAAUCAGCGCUCGAAGCGUAUGACAAAUCUAGCAUUGGUCGUUCCCAAAACGCCAUCGCAGGGUCCCGAUGGGCUAUAUCUAUGGGUCAUGCAACAGGUUUCAGGCUAUUCGGCUAUGGCAUCGCAUUGAAGCUUGCCUCAUUGAUAAUGGCACUUAGAGGGUGA